UAUCGAGGGCAUGUGGUUUCCUGCUUGAGUUUCUGCACGAUGUGAUAGUUUACUUCAUGAUGAAUGCCAAUAAAACGAAGUAUUCGUCUAUAAAGAAGUGCUAUUUUAGAGUUAAAUUAGAAUUUGAACAUAUUGGAGACAAAGACAUUGGACCGACAAUGUUCAACUUCGUUGUCCACCAAGCUGUUAAAAAUUUAUUUGGAGAGAUUGGGGAGAGUUGUGUUGAUGUUAUCAAGUAUGACCCGCUGUUUUCAGAAGCCAUUAUAGUGACCAAUGAAAGUUUUAGAGGACAGCUGCACAGUGCUUUAACGUUAUUUGGAUGCUAUGACAACAAAAGAUGUGCCUUUAGAGUAAUGCAGAUAUCCUCAAGUCUUAUAAAUUUGGCAAGUGACAGCCGGCAGCUGAGUGGUCCAAUGAAAUCCAACAUAUGAUUUCUUAGUCGAGGAGAUAACCCCUGACUCACAGACAUCUGAAGCUACUUAUUUUUCUUUUAAUAAAAAAAUACAUUUACCCAUACCUAAUAAUAAACUUUUAUUAGGUAUGGGUAUAUUUUUUUUAUUAGAAGAAAAAUAAGUAACGUCAGGUGCCCAUGCCCCGACUGUGUUCAAGUACAUGUAUUUAUACAGAUGCACAAUUAUGCCAUUAUGAAAAUUAUACACGUGUUCAAUAUACAUGUCAGUAUUAUAUAAGAUGAGGUCUAUUUGCCUGUUUAAUUGUUUAUCAUGUUGAAAAAGAAGAUGGACAGUUGAAAAUCAGUGAUGUAGAGUAACAAUUCAGAUAGCUAACGUUAAAAAAGAGAUUAUUCUAUUAGUCAUAUAUAUAUAUAUUCAUUGUUGCAUGUAAAAUGUUAAAUGAAGCACAAAGAUCAUGAUACAUGUACAUGCAUAAAAAUACUACAUGUAAAUAAAUUUUACUUAACAUAUAAAUGUUGUUUUAAAAAAAAA